AUGAUGUGCCCAUGGAAGCUGUUCAUGAAAUCCGGGAACAUUAAGGAUAAAUUUGCACAAGACUCGACAGACUUAAACAACAAUCUUUCAAAAGAGAGAAAACAACAUUGCAGUUCUUUAAAACAGGAGGAUGCCAGCAUCAAUGGCCCGCCUAAAGAUAUGGCUCAAAUUAAAGUUACUUUAGAGAAUAAAGUUCCAGAAAACCAUAAGAAUUCUUGUAAAAAAGAAAGUUUUCCAAGAUACAGGAAGCUAAAAAACUAUGAAAAUGGAAAGAUUCUACAGGAUACUUUACACCUCAAAGCUAAACAGAAACUUGGCUGCCAAUCAUCAGUCUGUCAUGGAUCAGUUAUGAACCCUAAGUGCUAUAUAAGAGGUCCAAGAGACAAGCCAGUGUCACAGGAUGUUGUUUUACCUCAAGCAAUAGAGUUUAUAAACCAAUAUUACGAUUCAUUUAAAGAGCCACAGAUAGAAAAUUAUCUGAACAGACUAGAAACCAUUAGCAAGGAUAUUGAACAAACUGGAACAUACCAACUAACUAUGGAAGAGCUAAUCUUUGCUGCUAAACAGGCAUGGAGAAAUGCCCCUAGGUGCGUAGGCCGGAUUCAGUGGAACAAUUUACAGGUGUUUGAUGCCCGAACAUGCAAGACAGUUAAAGAUAUGUUUGAGCUUAUUUGUCGUCACAUAAAGUUUGCCACAAAUGGUGGAAAUAUAAGGUCAGCAAUUACUAUAUUUCCUCAGAGGACUGAUGGGAAACAUGACUUUCGCGUCUGGAACAGCCAGCUAAUCCGUUAUGCAGGGUUUGAAAUGCCAGAUGGGAUUGUCAUUGGGGAUCCAGCCAGUGUGGAGUUCACAGAGCUCUGUAUACAACUUGGAUGGAAACCAAGAUAUGAACGCUUUGAGAUUCUUCCCUUGGUGCUGCAGGCAAAUGGCGAAGACCCAGAAUUAUUUGAAAUUCCAAAAGAUCUUAUAUGUGAAGUUAUAAUGGAGCACCCUAGGUUUGAGUGGUUUAAGGAACUGAAUUUAAGGUGGUAUACCUUGCCUGCAGUUUCCAACAUGCUGCUUGAAGUUGGAGGCAUUGAAUUUCCAGCUUGUCCCUUCAAUGGAUGGUACAUGGGUACAGAAAUUGGUGUUCGGGAUUUUUGUGAUGUUCAGCGUUACAAUUUGCUAGAGGAAGUUGGAAGAAGAAUGGGAUUAGAAACUAACAAACUGGCAUCCCUGUGGAAAGACCAGGCAGUAGUUGAACUCAAUGUAGCUGUUCUUUACAGCUUCCAGAAACAGAAUGUAACUAUAAUGGAUCACCAUUCUGCAGCAGAGUCUUUCAUCAAACACAUGGAUAAUGAAUACAAGCUGCGGGGAGGCUGCCCAGCGGACUGGGUUUGGAUUGUGCCUCCAGUGUCAGGGAGCAUCACCACUGUGUUUCACCAGGAAAUGCUCAACUAUAUUCUGAGCCCUUUUUACUACUAUCAGAUUGAUGCCUGGAAAACGCACGUGUGGCAUGACGAAAGGCGAAAACCUAAGAAGAAAGAAUUCAAGCUCAGUGUUAUUGCCAAGGCUGUGUUCUUUGCUUCAACACUUGCGAGGAAAUCUAUGGCUGCCAGGAUGAAGGCCACAAUCCUGUAUGCCACAGAGACGGGAAAAUCAGAGACAUUUGCAAGAAAAUUGCAGACAUUAUUCAGCUUUGCUUUCAAUGCUAAGGUUAUCUGCAUGGAAGAUUACAAUGUCAGCAAUCUAGACAAAGAAACUCUCCUUCUAGUAGUUACAAGUACUUUUGGAAAUGGCGGCUGCCCUGGUAAUGGUGAGAAAUUCAAGAAAUCAUUGUUUAAUAUGAAACAACUCCACAGCAAAGUAAGGUACGCAGUUUUUGGACUUGGCUCCAGCAUGUAUCCACAAUUUUGUGCUUUUGCCCAUACCAUGGACCAGAAGUUGUCACAGCUUGGUGCCUCCCAGAUUAGCCUAACUGGUGAAGGGGAUGAGCUUAAUGGACAAGAAGAAUCUUUUUUAUCAUGGGCUGUUCACACUUUUACGGUUGCUUGUGAAGCAUUCAAGAUUAGAGACAGACAAAACAUUAUACUGCCAAAAUGUUAUACGUCAACUGAAACCUGGAAUGCAGAAAACUAUCGUCUGGUGAAAGAAACUCAGCCUUUAGAUUACACCAAAGCGCUCUCCAAACUGCAUUCAAGAAAUAUCCUGAAAAUGAAGCUAAAAUCAAGGCAGAAUUUGCUAAGUGAUGAAUCUGGACGUGCCACUCUACUAGUGAAACUUUCUAGUGAGAAUUACCAGGAUGUUCAGUAUCUGCCAGGGGAACAUGUUGGUGUGUUUCCUGGCAACCAGCCAGAUCUAGUUACCAGCAUAAUUAAACUUCUGAAGGAUGUUCCCUCCAACAAUCAGGACAUCCGACUGGAGACACGCAGCCAACAGGGUAACUUCUGGACAGUCAGUGAGAAAAUCCCUCCUUGCUCUCUGUUCCAAGCUUUGACUUUUUUUGUAGACAUAACUACUCCACCCUCCCAGCUACUUCUGAAAAAGCUGUCACUGCUGGCUGCUGAUGCAAAGGAUAAACAGAGACUGGAAGACUUGAGCAAUGACAUAAAAAAAUAUAAUGAAUGGAAGUCCUACAACUACCCAUCAUUUCUUGAGGUACUGGAAGAGUUUGCAUCUCUGGAGGUGCCUGCUAUAUUUGUAUUAACUCAGCUCCCACCACUGAAGGCACGAUACUACUCUAUAAGCUCUUCAAAGGAUAUGAAACCUGGGGAGAUCCAUCUGACAGUGGCUGUUGUUGACUACAAAACAAAAGGAGGUCAAGGUCCUCUGCACCAUGGUGUGUGCAGUACAUGGUUCAAUAGCAUCAGUCCUAAUGAACUGGUUCCUUGUUUUAUAAGAAGCACAAACACAUUCCAUCUCCCAGACAGCCCUUCCACUCCCUGCAUUCUGAUUGGUCCAGGUACAGGAAUUUCACCAUUCAGAGCAUUCUGGCAACAAAGAUUAUAUGAUCUGGAAAAUAAAGGAUCACAGGGAGGCUCAAUGAUACUGCUGUCUGGUUGCCAGCAAUCCACUGAUGAAAUCUACAAAGAAGAAAAGGAAUACAUGAAAAGCAGAGGCAUUUUAAAAGAUGUAUUUACUGCAUAUUCCCAGCAACCAGGGCAAGAUAAGACCUAUGUUCAGGACAUUCUGAGGAAGCACCUUGUGGAUGAUGUCAUCAGGAUUGUCUUCAAAGAAGAAGGACACAUUUAUAUUUGUGGAAACAUUGAGAUGGCCAGAGAUGUGGGAAAAACAAUUAAAAUGAUUAUUGCAAUGAAGAAGGGACUGAAUGAGGAGGAAGCAGAAAACUAUAUUUCCCAGCUAAAGCAUCAAAUGCGUUAUCAUGAAGAUAUAUUUGGAGCAGGCUACAAACAUCUACAACUUCAGAAUGGAGCCUGA